CGGUGAAGAAGAGUUACGCAUGAUGAAACAUCAUGUCUCUCUGUCUGGUCGUGUAAUACCGAACGUUGUUUAAGUACGAUAACUCAUAUUUAACAGUGUUUUUUUUAAGUGUACUUCAUCUUCACAUUGACAAUUCGGACCUCGGUUCAUCGGAAACGUUGAAACCUUCCUCCAACAGUCAAGAUGCCUGUCCUGUGCAGUAACUGUGCUGACAAGCGUGCUGUGCUGAAACGUCCAAAAACAGGCCACUCGCUGUGUAAGGAAUGCUUCUUCUGGGCCUUUGAAGAGGAGGUCCAUCAGACGAUUGUGGCAGCAGAGCUGUUUAAACCUGGGGAGAUAGUAGGAAUUGCUGCCUCAGGUGGAAAGGACUCGACAGUGCUUGCACAUGUAAUGAAGGUCCUCAAUGAGCGAUACAACUAUGGCCUUGAACUUAUGCUUCUCUCAGUGGAUGAGGGAAUCUCAGGUUACCGAGAUGACUCCUUGGAGACCGUAAAGAGGAAUCAGCAACAAUAUGAGCUGCCACUGAAGAUUGUCUCGUAUGAGGAGCUGUAUGGCUGGACUAUGGAUGCUAUAGUGAAGCAGGUGGGACUGAAAAAUAAUUGCACUUUCUGUGGAGUGUUCAGAAGGCAGGCGCUAGACAGAGGAGCCAUCAUGCUGAAAGUGGACAAGAUAUGUACAGGUCACAAUGCUGAUGAUGUGGCAGAGACAGUUUUAAUGAACGUCUUGCGAGGGGACAUAGCUCGUCUGCGCCGCUGCACUGCCAUCUCUACAGCCAGCGAAGGUGAAGGGGUUGUGCCACGCUGCAAGCCCCUCAAAUACGCAUAUGAAAAAGAGAUUGUUCUGUAUGCUUACUUCAAGAAGUUGGACUACUUCUCCACUGAAUGUAUAUACUCUCCCAAUGCUUAUCGUGGCUAUGCGAGGACCUUUUUAAAGGACCUGGAGAGUGUAAGGCCUAGCUCCAUAAUUGAUAUCAUCCACUCAGGGGAGAACCUGUCUGUGCGGGAUGGGGUGAAGAUGCCUGUGCAGGGGACCUGCACCCGAUGUGGCUAUAUCUCUAGCCAGGCUCUGUGCAAGUCCUGUGUGCUGCUGGAGGGGUUGAACCGAGGUCUGCCAAAGCUGGGCAUCGGCAAACACCAUCGCCUGCAUGACAAAAUCCUCUCCCAGCAGCCCCUUACUGAGAAGGAGGAGAGAAAGCUGAAACCAGUGGACUUUUGACAAUUAUUGUCCCCUGUUUUAUUUAACAUAAGACUAAAGAUAUGUAAUAACAUUUUAGAAUAAAUCACAUUGAUCUUUUACACACAUAAAGACUAGUCCAAUAAGUACACUGUCUCAUCUGUUUUGAUUUAUAAAUAUUUAUUGAAAGUUGGUAUUAAAUAUUUUGAUUUAAGUGAAGAAUCUUCACAGCAUAGAAAGUCCACUCACAGCUGAUAAUCAGGGAUCACUGAGAUACUGUGGAGACACACUUUCCAAUGGUUUGAAAAAACUUGUGUUAAUCUUAAGGUAAUAUUCAAUAAUUGAUGAAGGGUAUCCAGUUGUUUUUAUUGUAUUUUGCUCUCCAUAGUACAUAAUGACUAAUGGUGGGAAUAUUUCAUGUCUGGAAAAAGCUUUGGUACCAAAGUACUGUGUUGAGUUCUUCAGCUCAUUUUGAUUAUGGAGUUAUAAACAUUAUUUAUCAGCAUCACUUUGAUUUCCAAAUACAUGAGAUAAAAUAAAAUUUAGGUAAUUUAGACAUACUAGAUGUGAGGUGCAGAGAUAAGGACUAGCACCUUGUUUUUUGAAAGUGAGGUGGUUAUGCUUGUUCCCACAUUAGUGGGAUCUCUCACUCAUUGCAUGUUUCAUUUCUGUAUUUUACUCUUAUUCUCAUUUCCCAAUGCACCAAUCUCUGGGGAGGAUGUGAUGACAGACGUGGUCACAUUCCAAGGUGUUUUAUGAAAUACAGUUUAAUAAAUGCACCGUCCCACA